GGUACUUUUUGAGGACAAAAGCAAAUUUAAGACAUGCAGCCAGAUUGGAUUUUACAGGAUGCGUUUGGACUCUGGAAAGAAAAGUUUGGAGAUUUUGAAGACAUUAAAGCCAAUGGUCCCUCUUCUGUGGGGCUGGAUUUUACCUUGUACGGGUUUGAAAAUGUUUACGGACUGCCAGAACAUGCUGAUGUCCACAGCCUCAAAGAUACAGGAGAAAAUGAGGCAUACCGGCUCUACAAUUUGGAUGUGUUUGGAUACAGUGUCUAUGAUAAAAUGGGCACAUAUGGAUCUGUACCUUUACUGCUGGCACACAAACCAUCAUACACCUGUGGCAUCUUCUGGCUUAAUGCCUCAGAGACAUUAGUAGAAAUCCAUUCCAAAGCUGCCUUACAGGUAAGUGUCAUGGAUUGGGACUCACGGCAAAAGGCAGUACCCAAAAUGGACGUCAGAUGGAUGUCAGAGAGCGGGAUAGUGGAUGUCUUUCUUUUACUGGGACCUAUGCCUCAAAAUGUUUUCAACCAGUAUGCACAGCUGACAGGUACCCAGAUGCUUCCUCCCCUCUUCUCACUGGGUUAUCAUCAGUGUCGCUGGAAUUAUGAAGAUGAGGCAGAUGUGGAAGCUGUGGACUCAGGGUUUGAUGAACACAGUAUUCCCUAUGAUGUCAUCUGGUUGGAUAUCGAGCACACCGAUGGAAAGAGGUAUUUUACAUGGGACCCUGACAGAUUUCCUGACCCUGUAAAGAUGCAAGAGAAACUGCGGGAGAAAAGGCGCAAGCUGGUUGUGAUCUCUGACCCCCACAUUAAAGUUGAUCCAAACUACACCCUGUAUGCAGAGGCCAAAGAAAAAGGAUACUUUGUGAAAGACCGAGAAAUUGGGAAUUUUGAGGGCACCUGCUGGCCAGGUUUGUCCAGCUACAUAGACUUCACAAAUCCUGCAGCACGUGAGUGGUACUCGUCUCAGUUUUCACUUGAUAAAUACAAAAGCUCUACUGAUGUCUUGUAUGUGUGGAAUGACAUGAAUGAGCCCUCUGUGUUUGAUGCUCCAGAGAUGACCAUGCCAAAAGAUGCUGUACACCACCAGGGAUGGGAACACAGGGAUCUUCAUAAUCUCUACGGCUUUUACCAGCAAAUGUCCACUUCAGAUGGCCUAAUUCAACGGUCUGGAGGGAAGGAAAGACCCUUUGUGCUAACAAGGUCUUUCUUUGCUGGUUCACAGCGUUAUGGUGCAGUAUGGACCGGAGAUAACAAAGCAGAGUGGGAGUAUUUAAAAAUCUCAGUUCCGAUGUUACUUAGUCUCAGUGUGACAGGAAUAGCCUUCUGUGGAGCUGAUGUUGGAGGAUUUGUUGGAGACCCAGACCUCGAACUACUGGUCCGUUGGUACCAGGCUGGCGCAUUCCAGCCUUUCUUUCGUGGUCACGCUAUGCAGGAUACCAAACGCAGAGAGCCUUGGUUGUUCGGUGAAGAAAAUACUCUCUUAAUCAGGAAAGCGAUACAUGAACGGUAUACACUCCUUCCAUACUGGUACCUGCUGUUUUACAGGGCAUACCGCACAGCUGAGCCUGUAAUGAGGCCUUUAUGGGUUGAAUUUCCUAAAUGCCAAGAUGCCUUUGCAGUGGCAAGUCAGUACAUGCUAGGGAAUGCACUACUGGUUGCCCCAGUAUUAGACUCAGGUGUUAAAUCCAUUGAAGUUCUCUUUCCUGGCAAUGGAGAGUGCUGGUAUGACUUCAGGAAAUAUACACGUGUGAAGGGGUCUCACAGACAGAAAGUGGCAGUGACUGUGGCAGAGAUUCCAGUAUUUCAGAGGGGUGGAUCCAUUAUCCCCAUGCACACAACAGUUGGCAAGUCAACGGGUUGGAUGGCGUGUACUCCAUAUGAGUUACAUGUUGCACUAGAUCGGAAGGGAUUUGCUGCAGGGGAGCUCUAUGUCGACGAUGGCCACUCCUUGCAGUACCUGCAUGAACACAUGUAUAGUCAUCGAAGAUUUACAUUUUCAAGAAAUGUUCUGAGCUCAAGUUCCGCAGAUAAAGAAGGUCACCACACAGUGAAUUGCUUCCUGGAAAAAGUUUAUAUAAUAGGUUUGAAGAAAUCACCUUCUGAAGUCACUGCACAUGACUGUGGAGGAAAGAAAACGGUGGAAUUCACGUACAACAGCCAACUUUGCCUUCUGAGCCUGGAGAACCUGUCCCUGCAAGUCUGUGCAGACUGGGAGAUCCACAUAGUCUGAUAGUGCUGCUAAUUCUGCUGCUUAUGCCAGCAUUUUCCUGUCAGAUGUCACAUUUGAUGUCUGUUUUUAUUGCUGAAUGCUGAUUUUUUAAUAA